UUCAUCAAACCGUCCUAAGCAGUAUUCUUAUAAAAGUUCCCCACAACAAAGACUUCAAAACAAGACAACUAAAACUAAAUAAACAAAAAAGAAAACACAAUAAAAUGUCCCAUAAAAAGACAAAAAAUAGCGUAGUGAUCGAUCGGGAUGGUGUUAGAGAAACCCCAUCAGAUCCUUGGAUAAUUUCCUUUCCCUUGCCGGAGCAGAAGGAUCCGUCUCUGUGCCGGGAUGAGUUCCUCAGCUCCUUGAUAAAGGAACACGAGACCAGGGCGGAGUCCCUGAGGCCCCGAUCGACAAUCCGCGACAUUUCGGUGGCUGUAGUUGUGAAGGAACAGGAUGAAGAGGUACAAAAGGGGGCCGAGGCUAUGGUUGUCUUGCAGCUGGCCAAGCAACGCCAAGCGGGGCCGCUGAGGAAAACAGUUGAGGAAGUUUUGGCCAGCAUUAGAAUGAGAUCGACCCUGCUGGCUGCACUGAACUACCAGUGCCAGAAGGCGGCCAUCGAAUUCCUAUCGGUGCGUCUGCUCAAGCAACUUCGCCUCUUCUCGAGUCCCUGGCCGGGAGAACUGGAGGAGAUUCCCCACAACCUGUUCAGCUGGUCGUUGGAUGACUUCAUGAAGCGCCUGAACAUGAAGCAGAUAUACCUGGACGUCAUCCGUCGGGAGCGGAGUGUAGAGGAUCUCGAUUGCGUAAAGUUCUGCAGGGAUCUGAGCGAGAUCGAACUUCUUAUAUACGAAAUCCGUAAGGAUUAUCGCGACGAUCAAGAUCUCUGUAAAAACAGCAUGCAGUUGUUGCGGGACGCCCAAUACAACACGAAUGCGCCCUGGGUCAAUACUUUAAAGACAAAUCUCCAAGGCAUAAAUGAGCAAGCGUCUAAAGUCGCGCUUGUUGAUAAAAGAAGUUCCUAUAAGAUGAACUCUCGUCAAACAUCGGUUUUGGAUGAUUUUGAGAAUGCAACGGCUUUUGAUCCCAUUGAGAUGCGUUAUCAAAUCAACUGGUUACGAAGUUGUACGGAUCAGCGUCUGAUGCUGAUAGAAGGACGGGAGGAAUCGUUGAGAAACGAACUGAGGGAUUUGGCGGAACACGAGUUGCAGGACCUAUCGGUGCAGCAUUCCUGCGAGCUCAUGUAUUCCCUAGAGUUGGGAAAGCUUAGGGAGAGCAUUAAGACCUGGCAGGAUCGACUGGACACCGAUCUGGAGAGCGCCGACGUCCUUUGCACAGUUACGAAGCUUUCUGUCCAAAAGUUAAAUGAUGAUCUAAAGUUCUACAUGGAACUGAAGGACACGUACUUAAGGAAAGUGGAUGAGGUGCGAGCGCUUAUAGCCUACGAGCAGAUGACUCCUGAAGAGAGGGAACUUGCCGCUAACAAGAAUCGAUUGUCCAGGAGGUCUACGAGGAAAUCUGCGAUAAAGCCUGUAAGGAAAUCUGAAAUAAAAACUGAAAGGAAGUCUGAAAUGAAAUCUGAAAGGAAGUCGGAAAGAAAAUCUGAAAGCAAGACAGAAAGAAAAUCUGUAAGAAAGUCUGAAAUGAAAACUGAAAGGAAGUCUGAAAAGAAAUCUGAAAGGACGUCUGAAAGGAAAUCCAGAAAAUCAAAAGUGUAAUAGUGUAUCCUUCGAUUUGGAUCAUUUUACUUAUAUAUGUUUGCAAUUUACCAACGAGAACAUUAAAACAUAGAAACAUUAA